AUGACAUCUGAAGUUACACAACAAGUUGUAAAAGUUAAAGUAGAGCGUAGGGCUUGGAGUGAUGAAGAGUUUAAUGCGUUAUUGGAUUACUUGGAAGAGGCUGUUGCUAAUAACCAAAGGUGUGACGCUGGGCAAUUUAAAAGUGGUACUUUUAAAUGGUUGGAGCAAAAAUUAGAAGCCAAGUUCCCUACAGCAGGCUUAAAGGUUAAACCGCAUAUUGAAUCCAUUGUUAGGAGGCUUAAAAAUGAGUAUAAGGAAUUAUAUGACAUGCUGAACACAAGUGGUUUUGGAUGGGAUGAAGUGAACAAGAAAAUUCUUGUUGAUAGCGAUGAUGUUUGGAAUUCCUACAUUCAAGCUAACAAGAAAGAUAACAUUGUGAAGAAUUAUAGGAACAAAGUGUUUCCUCAUUUUGACCGGUUGGUGAUAAUUUUUGGGAAAGAUCGUGCCAAUGGGAAAGGUGCAGAAGAUCCCGCUGAUAUUGUUGAGGACCUGGACAAAGAAUCUAAUACUCAUGGGAACAAUAUUACUGAUGAACAUAUGGACGAAGUUAUUGGGUUAAGUGAUGAAGAUAUUCAAGAUGUCACUCAAACAAUGUCCACUAAUCAAAAUAAAGUUAAGGAGAAAAUUACUCACUCUGAAGGUCGCAGGGCAAGAAAAAGGUUAAAAAGAGAAGAUGCAAUUGCCAACAGCAUGGACAAGUUUGCUGACUAG